AUCUCCUUAUAUUUUCUCCUUUCCAGACCUGAAGGAUCCCAGGCCCCAGCGAACACAGUCACAGCAGACCAGCAAGGAGGCAGAGGGCAGCGGCUGCAGGAAGGGCGGAGGCCAGCUCCAGCCGGGGAUAGACACUUUGCUGGGCAAGUGAACGUUACAGUACGUUCCUCUCUCUCCCUGGUGCCAUGGCCUCCACAAGCCCGGUAAAAGAGCUCCAAGAGGCUGUUCUCUGUUCCAUUUGCCUGGCUUAUUUUAACGAUCCGGUGAUUCUCAAGUGUGGACACAAUUUCUGCCGAGCCUGCAUCACUCAGUACUGCAAGGGGUCCGAAACCUCCCCCCACUAUCCCUGCCCCCAGUGCAGGGACCCCUUCCAGGAAGGGGAACUCCAGCCUAACCGGCAGCUGAGGGCCGUAGUUGAAAUAGCCAAAAAAUUCCCAGACCCAACGGGGAAGGAAGCAUGUGAAAAACACGAGGAGCUUUUGAAACUCUUCUGUGAAGUGGAUCAAACCCUCAUCUGUGUGGUGUGCAGAGAGUCCAGCUGUCACAAAGACCACCCCGUGCUUCCUCUCGAGGAGGCUGCUGUGGAUUCCCAGGAACAAAUUCAGAGCCGUUUGGAGAGUUGGAAAAAAGAGAGAGACGAGAUUCUGUCAGAUAAAUCGAGUGGGGAAAAUACAAGCCAGGAACUACUGGAACAGCUGGAAACUGAGAGGCAGAAGAUUGUGUCUGAAUUUCAGCGACUGCGUCAGUUUCUGGACGAACAAGAGCGACUCCUGCUGGCCCAGUUGGAAGAGCUGAAUAAGGAAAUUGAAAAGAGGAGGGAUGAGUAUGUUGGCAAACUAUCUGAGGAACUAUCUUCUCUCAGUUCCCUGAUCAGUGAGAUGGAGCAGAAGUGCCAGCUGCCGGUGAGUGAAUUCCUGCAGGUGAGACGGUGUUAGAAACAGCCCAGAACCUUUCACAAGGCAAGAAAGUCCCAUAACCCUUCACUUUUGGAGUGUAGGAGUGUGUGACGUUCCCCUGGUGUUAUCUGGACCAGUGAUCUGCUAGGUCACUCCAAUCCUCGACUCUGGGAGCCAGCCUUGCCCUGUUCUGCUGUGAGAACCCCCACUCCUGGGCUGUUCACGCACAGUCUCUAUGGCACGUAA